AAACAAAUUGCAUCUUUAAAGCAUGCAUGCACUACCACACUUUUCUCAUCCACACAAAAAAAAAUUUUAAAAAAAAUUAAAACCACUUCUUGUGAAUCCAAUCCAACAUGUUCGCCAUAGUCAUAGGUGGUUGUUAUCAUCAUUAUGAAACAUUGAAACUUUUGUGUUCUGUUUCACCACUUUCUUCUCUUCAAAAAAACAACCUUUUUUUUUCUCUCUCAAAUACCAUUAAUUUCCCAUAAUGUCUCUAACAAUCAAGUUACAAUUACUUUCUCAUAACAACCAUUACCAUGCAAACAAAUUAAUCAAAAACAAAACUUUUUGUAACAAAACUAAUUUUCUUCCAAAACCCAUUUUUGGUAACAAUCCAUUAAUCAUUACAAAGUGUAGUAAUAAAAAAGUUAAUAGAAGAAUGCAAGAAAGUUUCAUGAUCAAAAGUUCUUUGAUAGAGCCAGAUGGGGGUGUAUUAGUAGAUCUUGUGGUGCCUGAAAAUCAAAGAGAUUCUAAGGUACUUGAAGCUAAGUCACUUCCUAAUGUGAAAUUAACAAAAGUUGAUUUUGAAUGGGUGCAUGUGAUUUGUGAGGGUUGGGCUAGUCCUUUGAAAGGGUUCAUGAGAGAAAAUGAGUAUCUUCAAAGUUUGCAUUUUAAUUCACUUAGGUUGAAUGAUGGUUCUUUUGUUAAUAUGUCACUUCCUAUUGUUUUGUCUAUUGAUGAUGAGACUAAAGAAAUAAUUGGUUCUUCUUCUAAUGUUGGGUUGAUUGGGCCUAAUGGUGAUUAUGUUGGUAUUCUUAGAAGCAUUGAAAUCUACAAGCAUAACAAAGAAGAAAGAAUAGCCAGAACUUGGGGAACAACUGCACCAGGACUGCCCUAUGUUGAGGAAGCCAUUGCUUCAUCUGGAAAUUGGCUUAUCGGAGGAGAUUUGGAAGUGCUAAAAUCUAUCAAAUACAAUGACGGUCUUGAUAACUACAGGCUCUCUCCUAAACAGCUUCGCGAAGAAUUUGAUAGGCGUAAAGCCGAUGCAGUUUUCGCCUUUCAGUUAAGAAAUCCUGUGCAUAAUGGUCAUGCCUUGUUAAUGAACGAUACUCGUCAACGCCUAUUAGACAUGGGUUAUAAAAAUCCGAUUUUAUUGCUUCAUCCUCUUGGUGGCUUCACGAAGGUCGACGAUGUUCCCUUAGAUGUCAGAAUGGAGCAACAUAGCAAGGUCCUAGAAGACGGAGUUCUUGAUCCUGAGACGACAAUAGUUGCCAUAUUUCCAUCACCUAUGCAUUAUGCAGGUCCAACUGAAGUACAAUGGCACGCAAAGGCACGAAUAAAUGCAGGCGCCAACUUCUAUAUUGUUGGUCGUGAUCCCGCUGGUAUGAGUCACCCAACUGAGAAAAGGGAUUUAUAUGACCCUGAUCAUGGGAAAAAGGUCCUUAGCAUGGCUCCUGGUCUUGAAAAGCUUAACAUUUUGCCGUUCAGGGUUGCAGCUUAUGACACUAAGGCAAACAAGAUGGCAUUUUUCGAUCCUAGCCGUUCUCAAGAUUUCCUCUUUAUAUCUGGAACCAAGAUGAGAUCUUAUGCAAAAAGUGGGGAGAAUCCACCAGAUGGAUUUAUGUGCCCAAGUGGAUGGAAAGUUCUUGUCAAUUAUUAUGAAAGUUUGCAGACAGAAGCAUCACAACAGCCUGUGUUAUCUUCUUAGACAAAACUGCAACUUACUGCUACAAGUUUUUGCAUUAAUUGAUUCUAGAGCAAGAGAAUUAAGAGUACAUUUCAGGAAGUGCUAACUUUUAUGCAUGAUCUUCCAACAUCAUGAUCAAGAAUUCAGCAAUGCGCAAGCAUACUUGAAAUUAUUGUAACAUAUUGAAAUAUGUUAUUUUCCUAAUGAAUUCGUAUUCGAAAAUCCACCUUAAUUGUAGUCCAUCCCUAGCCGCCUAAUUGUGGCAUUUGGGUUGCAGGGUGAGUUUAGUCCUGCAUUGCCUAGAAAUAUGGCUUACGUUCGUCUUAUAAUGUUUGGGUAGUUUUUACCUUACAAA